UAUGCCUCUGUCCACUGGAUUCUUUCUUUUUGUUUGUAUAAAUUUAUCAGAAAGCUGAAGACAAUUGACUUGCUUGUCCAAUAAUAACACACACCACUUUGAGCAAAACAAGAAGAAGAAGAUAUACCACUACUACUAAUUCAGAGCCGACAAACCACCAGCAGCAGCUCACAAUCUGUUGAGAAUUUGUGGAUGGUAUUUGGGAUUUGAUUGCUUUGGAUAAGAAAUUGAAACAAAAUGGAUUUUGAAGAUACACCACUAGGGCAUCAUCAGAAGUGUGAUAAAGAGAUGGCUAUGGAUGCUGCUACAAAGCUUCCAGAUUGGGAUCCGCAAGCGAUGCUGUCGAACUUGUCUUUCCUAGAGCAUAAGAUCCAUCAACUCCAAAGUAUGGUGCAUUUGAUUGUUGAACAAGAAGAUUGUGUUUCGGAUAGAUCGAAUGAACUCGUAGCUCAACAACAGCAACUUGUUUCGGCUGACUUAACGUCUAUCAUUGUUCAAUUGAUCUCCACAGCGGGGAGUCUUCUACCGUCGUUAAGAACUAGCCAUUCAACAGCAAAUGAUACAGUGGAGCAAAAGAAUGUUGUUAAUAAUGGGAUGGAGCAAAAGUACAUGGCCAACUGUAAUCCGGCCAUUGCGCCGAUUGAAGAACAUGAGUUUAAGGAGGAAGAAGAUGUUGUAGAAGGAGAGCAUCUUCCUCCUGGUUCAUAUGAAGUCUUGCAGCUAGAAAAAGAGGAAAUUCUAGCACCGCAUACGCAUUUCUGUUUGAUAUGUGGGAAAGGCUUUAAGAGGGAUGCUAAUCUGAGGAUGCAUAUGAGAGGUCAUGGAGAUCAGUACAAGACUCCAGCUGCACUUGCGAAACCAGCCAAGGAUUUGAGCAUGGAACCUAUUGUUUUAAGAAGGUACUCGUGUCCCUUUGUGGGUUGCAAAAGGAACAAGGAGCACAAGAAAUUCCAGCCAUUGAAGACCAUCCUGUGUGUGAAGAAUCACUACAAACGAACUCAUUGUGAUAAAAGCCACAUCUGCAGCAUAUGCAACAACAAGAGGUUUUCUGUAAUGGCUGAUCUCAAAACUCAUGAAAAACAUUGUGGUCGUGACAAAUGGCUUUGUUCAUGUGGUACGACUUUCUCGAGAAAAGACAAGCUUUUUGGGCAUGUUGCUCUCUUUCAAGGACAUACUCCUGUCCAUGCUUCUGACGAAACUAAGGGAUCAGUAUCAGAUGGAGGUGAAAGCAAUGAACUCACAACUAAGGUUGGAAAUACUGGAUUCAACUUCAGCUCAGGUACUUCUGGUGGAAAUGAUAUCCAGAAUGUUCUGGAUUCGAAAAACAGCGAGGAGGAUCCCUCAAGUUCCUACUCUCCGAUGAACUUUGAUGCGUGCAAUUUUUACGGGUUCUCCGAGUUCCCACGAAUACCAUCUGAAAUGUCAGGAGGUUCGCUUUCCUUUCUUCUUUCCGAAUCCUUUAGUUUCAGAAAUGGAGGGUCACUAGAUGAUGCUUUAUAGUGAUUAUUACAAUUUUCAUUUUCAGUUGUUUUUCCAGAAUUCUACUGUAGAUGUGUUUGUACAACAAUACCUUCACCAUGUACCAUUCAUAUGUUGAAUUUGAAUCCAUGUGUUACAUUUUCAGCC